CACGCCCGGUGCGCCUGUCCAGCCCCAGCUUCCGGACCGCCUAUCCGCAUCCCCGGGAUUCCCGGCCCUUCUCCCUCAGCCUUGUGCCCAAAGGGGCUCAGAGGCCGGGGCGCCCUGCCCCGGGCCGCUGGAUCCACCGAGUUCAGCCUCGCGGGGUUCCCCGCACCCCAGAAGUACACCCCUAUUCCCGGAGGCCCGGACAGAACCAGUUGUGAUGUAAAGUUUGACUACCCUGAGGAAGAGAGAGGCCACGGGAAGAGAGCAAGACCCUGGAGGAUGAGAGACUGAGAAGGGAGAGAGAGGGAUCUGGCUAUCUCACAGUCACCUCAGCUGACUAGCUUCAUGAAGCCAUCCUGCAUCCUUACCCUAGUCAACUCGUACCAACAGAGAUUAGCUACACCUGUGAAGCCCUGCUCAAGUUGCAGAAUUAACCGGUUGGAAACUAUUAGUGAGUCUUGAAAGCAAAGUGACUUGCCGUCAGCACUUGAAAAAAUAAAGGGCUCCCAAACGCUUCAGAAGACAGAAACAGAAGAGGGAGGGGACAGCCAUAAUAAUGCCUAUCACAGAAUGUAACAGGUCAUCAAGCCCUGCUUCCUGCACAUCUCCCAACCUGGACAAGGAGAAUCCAAGUAAGAAGGUCCAGUGGGCUUCUGGCAGGAGGAGGACGUCAUCCACAGACUCAAAGUCCCAGUCCGACCCCUCCAAAGCGUCCAGGUCCCGGAAACUCAGCCGGCUGACGGUGAAGUAUGACUGGGGGCAGCUCCAGAGCUGGCUGGAGAUGGAGCAGUGGAUGGACGCCCAGGUUCAGGAUCUCUUCCAGGAUCAACCAACUCCUGAGCCUGAGAUCGACCUGGAGGCUCUCAUGGAACUAUCCACAGAGGAACAGAAGACUCAGUUGGAGGCUAUUCUCCAAAACUGCCCCCGCCCCACAGAGCCUUUUAUCUCUGAGCUGCUCAGUCAACUCAAGAAACUUCAGAGACUCAGUCGGCCUCAGAAAUAAGCCUUGUGAGACUACCUUCAUCAGCUUCAGCACUGCCAGGUCUGCCCUGAACCCCUGGAUCCUGGGCUGAGGGAAACAGCUCCUUGGGACACAGACAAGGAACAUGGAGAGUGAGGAGGGACAUUUGGACACCCCUGUGUAUGUGCAGUCACAGCUAAUUCCUGUCAGCUGGGCUUUCUGGGAGCCAGUCAUGGCUAUGGCCCAGUGCUUUCCUCGGCAGCCGAGUGAAUAAAACCUUCAGGAGCCCCA